GCAAUUUCGUACCUUCUUGUGGGAUGCUGCAAUGACGAACUUACUCAUAGGUACAAGGGCAAGACUGUUAUGACUGAGGAUGAACGUUAUGAGUCUCUUAGACAUUGCAGGUGGGUUGAUGAAGUUAUUCCAGAUGCUCCUUGGGUGAUCACUAAGGAGUUCCUAGACAAGCACAAGAUUGAUUUCGUAGCUCAUGAUUCUCUCCCAUAUGCUGAUGUCAGUGGAGCUGGAAAGGAUGUUUAUGAAUUUGUCAAAUCAGUCGGAAAAUUUAAGGAGACGAAGCGCACAGAUGGUAUCUCUACAUCUGACAUUAUAAUGAGGAUGCUAAAAGAUUACAAUCAGUAUGUGAUGCGGAACUUGGCUCGUGGUUACACUAGGGAGGAACUUGGAGUCAGCUAUGUGAAGGAAAAGAGGUUGAGAGUAAACAUGGGUUUGGAAAAGUUGCUUGAAAAAAUGAGGCAGCAGCAGGAAAAAGUAGGAGAGAAGGUAGCUGUUGUUUAUUCAUAUAUAAUUCUAUCAAACCUCUUUGUCAAAUUUCCUGCUUAUUCCAUCUCCAUUUGA